AGGAGGAGGAUCUUCAGCCGUCUCCUCUCGCUCCUCACCAACUUUCUGAACGCGUGUGUGUCCGUUAAACGACUCGGUUUGCUCGUGUUGUUAAUGCGGCAUUUCCACACAGAGUCGCAUCGGCUGGAGUUUCGGGUCCGGUUGGGUCACAGUUGAGGAUGAAGGCUGGAGGUUUGUCAGAGAGAUGCAGCCCGUGCUAGAUUUAUCACAUCAUCAUCAUCCUCCCCUCCGCUCUUCUGCUCGCACCACUCACCUGUAGCCCAACAUGGCCAAUCAUCUGGAGCUUCUGACGGAGCUGCAGCAGUUGGACAAGGUGCCGAGCCUGGAGCGGCUCCGAGCGGCUCAGAAACGUCGAGCGCAGCAGCUCAAGAGAUGGGCCGUCUACGAAAAGGAAAUGCAAACCAAAAAACGCAAGGCGGACAAACGCCGCUGCAAUGGUAGCCAUGGGAACAUGUUGGAGAAUCGCAAAAGGGUUUCGUUUUCGGCAAACGUGGCUUUGUUGGAGGCGUCGGCGAGGAACGAUUCAGAUGAAGUGAGAUAUCUGCUGAAGAACAAAAUCAGUCCUGAUCUCUGUAAUGAAGACGGGUUAACGGCACUGCAUCAGUGUUGCAUUGAUAACUAUGAAGACAUGGUGAGGAUCUUGUUGGCUCAUGGAGCGACUGUGAAUGCUCAGGAUAAUGAACUGUGGACACCACUUCAUGCUGCUGCUACCUGUGGACAUACAGGCCUGGUCAAGAUCCUCAUUCAACAUGGUGCUGAUCUGUUGGCUGUUAACUCUGAUGGUAAUAUGCCGUAUGAUCUGUGUGAAGACGACCCUACACUGGACAUCAUUGAGACAGCGAUGGCUAACCGCGGCAUCACACAAGAGAUGAUCAAUGAGACGAGAGCAGCGGUAGAGAGGAGGAUGCUGGGAGAUAUUCAGAAACUCAUACAGGACGGAGCUGAUGUUAACCAACACGACCCACAGGGAGCUGCACUGCUUCACAUUGCAGCAGCAAACGGUUAUGCCCAGGCUGCAGAGCUGCUGUUAGAGAGCGGAGCGCGAACAGACAUGAGAGAUUCUGAUGGGUGGCAACCACUGCACGCUGCUGCAUGCUGGGGACAGGUUCAUGUGGCUGAGCUGCUGGUCUCACACGGUGCCAAUCUGAAUGCCAAGACCUACAUGGAGGAGACACCUAUAGAUCUGUGUGAGGAUGAGGAGUUCAGGAAUCAUCUGUUGGAGUUGAAGCACAAACAUGACAUCAUCAUGAAGUCACAACUAAAGCACAAGACGUCUCUGUGUCGACGCACCAGUAGCACAGGCAGCCGCGGUAAAGUGGUGCGGCGGGCGAGUGUGUCAGACAGACAUAAUCUGUGUCGAAAAGAGUACCAAACCGAAGCCAUCGUGUGGAGAGGACGAGAGGAGAGAGAGUCUGAGCAGGAGAACAAUCACAAUCCAACGCAGCCUGAGGAUCCACCACGAACUCCUGGAAUCCUAAAGGAGGGAACGCGACACAACGGUUGCCUCUCGGCUCCUAACGGUGACCCGGUGAGCCCUGAACCUGACGAUGGCACCUCCUCCUCUACACCCACUGAGGAGUCGAAGCCGAGGAGUCAGACGCUGUCAGAACUCAAGAAGCAGCGGGUCGCCGCCAAACUCCUCAACCAUCCCCUCCUCAACGGUCACCUGGGAAACGGCUCCACACCGUCCGGCGAAACGAAAUCCGAUCCGGAAAAUCCUCGCAUGCCGCUGGUCUCAUCCAAUGGCAGUGCGGUUUACUUCACGCCCGCCAGCGGAGAUCCGCCCCUCUUGAGGUUUAAGCAGCCGAUAGAGGACGAGGGCACCACAACUCACAGCUGCUGCUGCGUUUCGUAGUUCCGAAAAUCCCCAGCAUCUGAUUGGACGGACGCUAAACCGAGGCCAAAUCAAAUAAGUAGCAGACGAGCUGACGGCCGCCCACUAGUGAAUCCCAAAAUUUCAGAGUCUGUGGGUCUCCGGUUACUUUCUUAUUCCGCUCUGAGAGUGAACAUAAGCAGACGUGUGGUACUGUAGUCUGUAGGGCUGAUCUCAGCACAGGUAAGAUAAGUUAUCAGAUAGGAAGGAAAUAUUGCACGGUUUCUGUUCGUGUUUCACAGGUUUAAACAUUUCUCACAAUAAGAUAAUAUGUACGGUUGUGUUUAAAAUCAACCUCUCACCGUCAUUUCAGCCCCAUCUGAUUGACAAUUAAAAGAAAGUGAAAGCGACUGAUGUGUGGACAGUUUCACACCCGAAGAAGAAAAGUGUUUCUGUUGUGUUGCCUGUGAUGAUCUGCUGUAUAUGAGAGGCAACACAAGUGUUGUGUACAGUAUUUAUUCAUGUAUUGGCAUAGAAGCCACUGUACUAUAAGAGUCUUAUUUAUUGUAUUGCAGAAAGAUGAAGUGAUUUAUAAUGAUAUAAUGAAUUAAAGCAGCGUCCCUCCGUCUCAUUCAUACAGACCUCAGGAUUUUUGUAUGUCAAUGUCCGGUUCACAUUUACCCCAGAAUCAACAAACUACAUUUUACAUCAAGAAAAGGAUGAAGACUGCAUCUGAAAGUUUAGGCGGUUGCCUCGCUGCCUCAUGAGGUAAUGACUUUGGCAGCUCUGGGAAACACAUUCAGACAAACUUCAUAGGCAGCGUAAGGAAAUUCAGUUUGAAAUAUAAACAGAGAGCGCCUUAGUGAUAACUUAUCCUAUAUUUGCAAACUGCAAUACUUAUUUCUUGCUAGAAAUGCAAUUAAAAAGUGUAAAAAGAGAAAAUGUAACUCUAUUUACACUACAUUUGUGAUCCAGACACUUUCUAGUGUGCCAUUUCAUUUUUUUUAAAUCGACCAAUCAAAUUCCCCGUACACACAUACACAUAUUGUGGGACAGAACAAUGAAUUAUGCAGCAAUGCAUAGAAAAACAUCCUAAUUUUGAGUUAUUUCCCCUGAUAUUGCAGUUAUCAUUUUGAUAUAGUAUUUUAAUUGUUUUCAUUUCAUUAUCAUUGUAUACCUGAGGCUUCAUUGUAACACUGUGUGCAGUACAAAAAAUGACUUUCUUACUUAGUAUGUUUUUCUUGUUUUCAGUAGAAAUAUCUAAAAAUUCUUAAAUCAAGAUGUAUUUUCUUGAUGAGAAAAAAAAUAUUCUCGUUUUUAGACAACCAAAAUACAAUUGAAUUGAAUUUGUGUUAAAAACAACCAAAAAAUAUCUGGCAAUGGGGUGAGAAAAUUAUUCUUGAAUUUAGUGUUUAAGAAAAAGUUAAAAAACUUUAGUUCAAGAUUUUUUUCUCAACCCAUUGGCAGAUAUUUUUGCUUGUUUUAAGCACAAAUUCACUUAAAUUUUAUUUUGAGUUGUCUAAAAACUAAUUUUCUUAAGUCAUUUUGCUCAUCAAGAAAAUACAUCUUGAUUUAAGAUUUUUUUUGAUAUUUCUACUGAAAACAAGAAAAAAUACUAAGAAAGUCAAUUGUUUGAAGUGUGACAACUAACCCCGCUGUGUAAAAAUGUUUUCAAUCCCAGUUAUCAGUUAUUAGGAGUUGCUGACAUGUUUCAAAAUGGUGUUAUGUUUUAGGUAACAACAAGACAGUGAUUAAAAUAAUAUAAGGUUGGAUUUGGUGACUUGCACACACAACAAAGAAAUAAAAAAAUAUAAGAUGAAGAAAUUUACUUUCAUGCCUCUCAAACACUCUUUGUUCAAUAUCUUAACCAAAACACAUGUAAAGGAGCUGCGUUGAAAAUGAACCCUGCUUUAGUUUGUGCCCCGCUUACCCCUCCUAUAGAUAUAAAUGAUUAUAUAUUUAUAUUCAUUAUACAAUCAGCUUGUGUUUUCUGUUGAUUCUGGGGUAAAUUGUGACCUGUACAGGUAUUAUGAGAUAUUGACAUUUGAAGUGAGGCUGUUGAGAGAAGAAUAUGUUUCUAUUGUAGGCAUCAUUUAAUGCACAUGCUCAGUGUUGUAUUGUAUCUGUACAUCAUGUGUUAUAUCCACUGAUCUAUAUAAAUGACUGGAUUGCGCAUAGAACGCUUGACGUAACUGCGUGACGUGAAGCCAGCGCAGAGUUCGAGCCGCCAUCUUGGUAUACCCAACCGGCAGAGAGCGCCAUUGACUUCCAUUCAAAAUCAUGAUUAAAAUUUACCCCCUUUACAGCGUAUCAGUUACACAAGGUUAAUUUUUAGGAUAUGUGUACGUUAAUUAUUUGUUAAUUCUGGUGUUAUUUGCAUUGUUUAUGUUUUAAUCGGGCAGGAUAAUGGAUUUAUAAAAAACCGUUAAGGUGAGUGUGUCUGUUGCAUUUGUUAAUGACACGGGUAUAAAUAAAGUUUUUUUUGACAUUCAUCUACACUGUGACGGUCAGCGUUAUUUCUUUAAAUAAGUUUAGAUAACAAUUACAAAACUAGCGAAUUAUUGCAUGAACAUACGGUACAAAGCAUGAUUAUUUAUAUAGAUUUCAGAAUGAGCACGUUUAUUGUCAUUAAUACUAAAUAUGCUGCGGUCUGUCUGCUGAUCUGAUACUGUAAUAAAGAUGAAUGUAUAAUAACUGAUUAAAACGUAAAAUGUACAACUUUCAGUAAAUAACUUUUUACAUGCUUUGGACGUUUGUGUUGUAAUAAUGUACAGGGUAACUUCACAUAUAAAAACGAAGACUAGUAAAGUGAUGUUUUAUCAUUAAAAUCUGAUAACGUCCAUUGAUUUAAUAGAACGUUUGGGUAUACCAACAUGGCGGCGCGGUGGCUUCACAAGUGUGACGUCAUGCGCAAUCCAGUCAUUUAUAUAGAUCAGUGGUUAUAUCAUUUAUUUCAUGUGCUGUCUCGGUCUCUUCUAUUGGGUGCCAAAGUCUUCCAGAUGAUCAGAAUGUCAGAAACAGCCAAUAGGGUUUCAGUGGCCACCUGAUAGUCCCGCCCUCUUAUCGACAGUAACUUCAUUCAUGCGUCACUUUACAGAGGAGGAAAAAUGUAAAUAAUCUCUGGAAUUUGUUUCCUCUUUCUCAUGGAAAUAAUAAUACUGUAAUGCAGGAUGAGAGAAAUGUUUAACAGUGGCCAAAAAUAUACUGACAUUUAACUGCUUUAUUAAAUAUGAUAAGAGGACUCAACAUAACAGCUGUAGAUUCUUGUAGCUUCUGUUUGAGAAAAUGAAGUAAAAAUACUCAAGACAGAGAGAAGUUUGCUUCUGUUUUCCUGGCAUGUGAUGAGAAAAAGGGAAAACAAACUACUGAUUUUCUAAUUACUGGAAUCACUGUAUUAACAUAUUUUCAAUAAACUGUAUAUUUUGAU